AUGCCUCGUCGACCUCGUCCAACUAGCCGUGCACCGCCAAAGCGAUUGAGGGAGGAUGAGGAUGAAGGUGCCGAUGGGAAUGAGCGAGAAGAUACACCUCGAUUUUCCCAGUGGGUCCCAGAAGAAGAGCUAGAUGCAGAAAGCGACGCUGAAUCAGGGUCAGGCCUAGAAUUUAACGAAGACUCUGAAGAAGAAGAAGAAUCGGACUCUGGAUCGACAGCAUCAUCCGACGGAGACUCGGAUUCGGAUACGGACUCGGGUUCCGAACCUGAAACCACCUCGACAAAACCAUCCAAACCAGAGUGGGCAACCGCCAAACGUAAAAAAGACAUAGCCAAACGCUCAAGCAAGCAUGCACCCACUGAAAUAACUUCAAAACGACCCGUUUCGAGGCACCGAACAGUUGUGGAUGUACCUGUAAUCGAAACUCGGGACCCCAGGUUCACGCCUCUUACAGGACAACUGUCGCAAUCUCAGUAUUCCCGUUCCUACUCCUUCAUAACUGAUCUCCAAAAGAACGAAGCCGAAUCCUUACGAGCAUCUUUAGCUAAGGCUCGUAAACAGCGUGCACCAUGGGAAACUAUUGAGUCACUUGAACGGGCUCUCAAGCGGGCCGAGAGCGCUAUCGAAAAGGCCAAGAGAGAGGAGAGGGAAAGAGCUGCUCUGGAAAAGGUCAAGAAGGAGGAAAAGGAGAAAAGACAAGGGGGAAAGGGGGCAUGGUUUAUGAAGAAAUCCGAGAAGCGAGAGCUCUUGCUCAAGGCCAAGUUUGAUGACCUUGCUGCUAGUGGUGGCCAAAAUGCUGUUCGAAAAGCAAUCGACAAGCGCAAAAAGAAAAUUACCCAGAAGGAGAAAAAGGCCCGGCCUUUUAGUAAAGCCCAAGCUAGGGCUUUCUCGCAGGGUGGUGGGUCUGGCAGCGGUAGCCAGCCAAAUACAAGUGGUGGUCGCGACAAGAAGCGACGGCGCAUCUGA